GAAGACCAGCCCAUUUAUCUGGCAGUGAAAGGAGUAGUAUUUGAUGUCACUUCUGGAAAGGAGUUCUAUGGGAGGGGAGCACCAUACAAUGCCCUGGUUGGGAAAGAUUCCACAAGAGGGGUGGCCAAGAUGUCUUUGGAUCCCGCAGACCUCACACAUGACACUACUGGUCUUACAGAAGAGGAGCUAAAGUCCCUGGAUGAUAUCUUCACUAAUGUGUACAAAGCCAAAUAUCCUAUCGUUGGCUACACAGCCCGUCGAAUCCUAAAUGAAGAUGGCAGCCCCAACAGGAACUUCAAGCCUGAGGACCAGCCCCAUUUUGACAUUAAGGAUGAGUUCUGACAGUCUGCUGGAGCAGAUGCCCUUGGGGGAAGAGGCCAAACACAAAGGGCAGGGCACAGUCUUUGGCAUUUAGCUGAGGAAUGAGAGAAGUAACUUUAUGCCUCAGGAAAAAAAAAUUCUCAAAGUGUUUGAGUACUUGAUAAAGUACUCAGAGACCUAGUCUAGAAUCUCUGAAUCCCUUUUUGAUACGAAUAAAAUAAACUUUUACAUAGAA